ACUUCUCAAUAUGAAGGACAACACAUCGAACGAAGAUGAUUCGAAUCUCCUGGUGAUUGUGUUGGACACAAACCCAUUCGAAUGGGAGCACCCUUCGGCGCCACUAAAACUCAACGAAGCGCUCCAGCAUAUCCUCGCCUUCAUGAACGCACACCUUGCUGGGCGGCACGAUAACAAAUUGGCAGUCAUUGCAAGCCAUGUUGGCGUCAGCAAGUUUUUAUACCCAACAUUGAAUGAGACAGCACCAGGAAGCAAAGUACAGACAAAGAAGGAUGCCAAUGUCUAUCAGGUGUUCAAAGUUGUGGAUGACGCCGUCAGAUCAGGAAUCGCAAAGUUGUUACAGAAUCCACGCCCAACAUUGGAAGAGAAGGACCUCGGAUCUUCCAAGAUUGCCGCCUCGUUAUCACUUGGACUCUGCUAUAUCAAUCAGGCACUCAAAUCGGACGGGAUGGGGCAUGUUAAACCUAGGAUCUUGGUCUUGACAGUAUCACCAGACUCUUCUUCGGAUUAUAUCCCCAUCAUGAACUGCAUUUUUUCGGCUCAAAAAGCUGAUAUUCCCAUCGAUGUGUGCAAAUUUUGGGGCGAAGACGCGGUCUUUCUUCAGCAAGCUGCGCAUAUUACCGAGGGUAUUUACCUGAGGCCGAAUGAUCCACGCGGUCUCUUGCAGAUUCUCAUGUUUUCAUUUUUGCCAGACAUGUAUUCGAGGAACUAUCUGUACCUGCCAGGCCAGGACCAGGUCGACUUCCGAGCAGCAUGCUUCUGCCACAAGAAGAUUGUCGAUAUUGGAUACGUGUGUUCUGUGUGUCUCUCAAUUUUCUGCGGCUUCUCUCCUGUCUGUUCGACGUGCAGGACCAAGUUUGCGUUCCAGCCUUUGCUCUCAUCCGCAAGAAGGUUGGGUGCAAAAUCAGCCGCAUCUAAUCCCGGCUCCCCGAGGUCGAGUACGCCAAGCACACCAAUGCCUUCUGCAGCUACAUAGAGUAUUUCAAAAUAAACUCGAGUGCAUCAGUGUAAUUUGGUG